AUGACAUGCUUGUCAGGUCGACUCCGCCUUUUCCCAACUCGUUCCGAAAUAUUUGAUGUUGCUAGACGAUGGCGACCUGCACUACACUCGCAGGAAGCAGAUGACCAACUCUCUCCAUCGCCAACAGGGUUCUUUCCCACGAUCCGUGCAAUUGCACUGUGCUCAUGGCUGAACGUCCUCCUGGUUGUUGUGCCCGUGGCGGUGGCCAGCUACCUAGUCAAGGCGAACAAGACCGUGGUUUUCACGACCAACGUAAUAUCAGUCAUUCCACUUUCGGCGUUGCUUACCUUUGCAACCGAGAACUUAGCACGAAGCUCAGGAGAUGCCUUGGGUGCCCUACUCAACGUAACGUUUGGGAAUCUGGUUGAAAUUGUCAUUUUUGCCGCUUUGUACCAUAACCAAUUCGACGUGGUCCAGGCGUCCAUCCUGGGUUCAAUCCUUGUAAAUCUGCUUCUCAUUCUGGGGACAGCUAUUCUUGCUGGAAGCUUUUAUUAUCAGGAACAGGCCCACAAUAAAGACGAGGCCCAAGCACUUGCAUGCCUACUCAGUGUGUCCGUGUUUAGCCUACUUAUACCGAACGCAUUUUAUCACUCUAUCGAGGAUGCAAAAGACGCAGGAACAGCUGUCUUGACUCUAAGCCGAGCGUCCUCAAUAACUUUACUAGCUACUUACUUGCUUUAUAUCUUCUUUCAGAUCAGAAGAUCUAUCGUCAUUCGUGUGCCGAAUCAUCCUGCUGCUGCCCAUGACCCGGCGCCUAUGUCACGUCGCACUCAUGAUGGGAGGUCUUCUCUAUCAUUGCUCCUCCCACGCUCAAUCCGAUUUCAGGAUGAGGAGAAUGGCGACGAUCAUUCUCUCAGCGAGGGUUUUCGAAAGGACAGCUUGGAGCUUGGCUCUAUUGAUGUUUCGGAACGAUCGGAAAUUGAGGUUGAAGAGAACGGCAUCUCUUUCCAAGUCGAUGAGGCCAGUGAUAAUGAGGACUUGCCGUCAGCAAGGAAGACGCCGGAAUUGCAACCUGAUAAGAAGACGACACCGAAAAAUUCCAUAUAUCAGCAUCCCCGUUGCGGCCGUCGACCUGUCUCCCAAAGUUCAUCCCGGCGGGGUGUAAGUCAAGAGUCCAUGUAUCGUUCUGGGACCAGUCAAAUGUCGAUUGCUGGCUCUACCACCAGUCUUCCACGUUUAUUGCUCGGAAACCCGGUCUCGGAUCAAGACCCCAGAAGCGAAGUGGAUGUACCCCAGAAUCCGACCUUGAUAAUUGGACGCAAAACAUCGAUGUGUCUGCUUGUGGUCUCGUCACUCCUUGUGGCUGUAUGCGCAGAAUUUAUGGUCAACACGCUCGACGACAUAGUCUCGUCUGGGCCCUUCACUCAGUCAUUCAUCGGUCUCAUCAUUCUGCCAAUUGCAGGCAACUGUGCUGAACACAUUACAGCCACCACGGUUGCUACCAAGGGCAAGUUUGACCUUGCGAUCGGGGUGUCUAUUGGUUCAUCCGUUCAGAUUUCCCUCUUUGUGACUCCUCUAGUGGUGAUCGCGGGAUGGAUAAUAGGUAGGGAGAUGACAUUAUUCUUUGGUCUCUUUGAGACUGUGGCGUUGUUCGCAACCACAUUCCUGGUGAACUUUUUGAUCCUAAAUGGCAGGACCAAUUUGUUGGAGGGAAGUUUGCUAUGUGCCUGCUAUUUUAUUAUUGGGGUUGGAGCAUAUGUCUUCCCAACGCCAAAGGAUCAGAUGUAG